CUUGGGGACACUGGAGUCACUUAGAGAUUUUAAGCAAAGGGAAAGGUCACUGAGGCUCAGAAGUGACUUGUUUGCAUAUACAGUAAGAUUCAGAAUCAGAAAACGAACUAACCCCACAGUACUUGUAAUCCCUAAUGAGUUAAUUACAAUUUCCCGUGGUCCAAAGUUUAUUGCUGACCCGCCGAUCGCGUGCGCUUCUGCCACACCUCGGAUCCCGCGGAAAUGGCCUCCACGCUGCAACCGGAAACAGAAACUGAUCGCUGCGGACGCCGCCUAACGGCCGGUGGGAGCGAAACUAAGUCCGGAAGGUCGCCACACCGGAAGGGGCCAGGCCAUUUCCGGUAACAACCUGACCGAGCGAAGCCUCAGAGGACAAAUCUCCAAAGCCCGGCCAGUUGCCCAGAGCGCUCGGCUCCGCGACAUCGGGUGCGCGCUUUUGCGCGGGCGCGGAGCUAUGGCGCAGGCGCACGAAAAGUCGUGCGCGUGCCCGCUCAGCGUCCCCUACAGCGGUCCUGUUUGCAGGGUAAAAGCCUUCAGCGCUGGAACGCAGGCUUUCGGUCUCUGAACUACAAUUCCCAGCAUGCUUGCCCCUCAUGUCGCUGCUAGGUGUGGUUUCCCAGGAUAGGAUAAAAAGCUUAAAAGACGAUGACGCACCAGAAAGAAAAAGCUGAACAAGCUGCUUAAGCAGGCCACUUGCAGAAGCCCCAGUGGCCUAAUGGAUAAGGCAUUGGCCUCCUAAGCCAGGGAUUGUGGGUUCGAGUCCCAUCUGGGGUGGCUGUAUUUUUCUAAUUCUAAACACUUUCUCCCUUAUGCUAUUGUACACAAGUGUUGCCCACUUGAUUUUACUUUUUUUUGAACAGGAAGAGUGCACUGUGGUUUUACUAGUUCUUGGGCUGCUGUUUGAGAGAACCAGGACACUCCGUUUCCUUCUAGCCGCAGUCUCCACCAGUCUUUUCGGAAGUCGGUCAAUGUGUUGGACACCGACAGCCCUUCUAGAAACCGUUUUAAAAUAUCUUCAUGACGUGUGUUACAACGAACCCCCACCGAUUCCCGCAGGCCCGAGUCUCCCGAGACUCGGCCGUUGGGCAGUCACGGCGUCUUGCGUGAUCCGGACCGGGAAGGGCCUGCUUCUCCCCGGCUUCUCUCCGGCACCGGCGACACUCGGCUUUCUACUGCUUCCCCUUAAUCCGUCGGGGCGCGCUCGGCGUUCGAUUCCUGCGGCUGCGCCAAUCCAGGAAGUGCGCGUCCCACUGCCGGCCAAUGCGUGGCAGUCCUAGGACCUUGGCCUUUUUCGUCCCUUCCGGCGCCCGGGGCCGACCGCACGGGGACGCGACUGGCGAAGGGGAGAGAGGACGUUAGAGGCGCGGGCGCCGCCGGGAGGCAGGCUCUGGAAGGGCUGGAAAAUGGCGGCCUUAGGGUCCCCGGCGCGCACUUUGCGAGGCCUUCUGCGGGAGCUGCGCCACCUGAACGCGGCCACCGGGCGACCCUAUCGCGACACCGCGGCCUAUCGGUACCUCAUGAAGGCUUUCCGUGCUCAUCGGACCCCUGCCUCUACAUGUGCACCUAUCCCCACGGCGUCCACCCCUUCCUCACAGCCUCAGCACUCAGAACAAGUGACCAGUGAGAAGCUGUGCAGAGCCCAGCAUGAGCUGCAUUUCCAGGCGGCCACCUACCUGUGCCUCCUGCGCAGCGUCCGGGAGCACCUGGCCCUGCACCAGGAGUUCCACGGCAAGGGUGAGCGGUCGGUGGAGGAAUCUGCAGGCUUGGUGGGUCUCCAGUUGCCCCGUCAGCCUGGAGGGAAGGGCUGGGAGCCGUGAGCAUGGACAGAUGCUUUGGAUGCCACUGUCUGAGGAGAGUUUGAUCAUUUCUGCCAAUAUGUAUUUAUCAUUAAAUUUUUUUUUAAAGUUUAGGGUUUCUGUCUUGUCAUCUUGUUGACUGAGUGAUUAAGGGAAUAAAGUGGAGGUUUCAUCUUAACUGUCA